GUAAAGACACGUGUCAUUCCUUCAAUGGGCAGGACCGUACUUUCACUUGCGUACUUUUCCUUCUUCUUCCGACAACAAACCCAGAAACAGUCUUUCUCUCUUCCGACUCCGUUUACUAGAUCAGCCUUCUCGCACCGAAAUCUCAAGUGAUUUCAGACCACAAUGGCCUCAUUCGAUGGGCAAGGGUUUAUGAUGGUUGAUAAUUCUUGGGUCCAGACCAAAGCCAUUGAUGUUGAAUCAACAACCGAUAUCUCUCCUUACCUUUCCAAGAUCCUUGAAGAUUCCGUCUGGAAUGGAAACCGGUCCAUUGUCUUUGAUGUGUAUUGGGAUGUCAAAUCAGUUAGCACAAAGUCCGAAUGGCGUCUAUGCUCAGUGAAGUUUAGCACUAAAAACUUCUGUCUCUUCCUCCGCCUGCCGAACCCGUUCUGUGAUAAUCUCAAGGAUCUUUAUCGCUUCUUUGCUUCCAAAUUUGUCACAUUUGUCGGUGUCCAGAUUCAAGAAGACCUCGCUUUGCUUAAAGAAAACCACGGUAUUGUGAUCCGAAGCUCGUUGGAGAUUGGGAAACUAGCUGCGAAAGCCCGAGGUACUCCAAUUGUUGAGUUCCUUGGAACCAGAGAAUUAGCUCACAAGAUUCUUUGGUAUGACAUGAGUAGGCUUGAUUCUAUUCAGUCCAAGUGGGAUGAAGCCAGCUCUAAUGAUCGUCUUGAAGCUGCUGCCAUUGAAGGUUGGCUUAUUUUCAAUGUCUACGAUCAAUUGCAGCAGUGAUUUUUCGUGGCAAUGUUCUUCAUGUAACUCUUAUGUUAACCUUCUUGAUCAAAUGGAUUUGUGAGAUUGCGCUUGAUUGCGCUUGAUUGAUUCAUGUUGUGUAUUGUGAUGAGUGAACAAUACUGUCUGAAUAAAACAUGCCCGGCCUUGUCUUUUUGUCUGAAGAUUUUGAGAUUAUGGUACAAUGCCAAAAU